AUGGCCAUAUCAGCACACCACACACCCACACAAACCAGCACACAACCUGCCCUGCCGUCGCGGUUGCUGUCUCCGCCCGUCGACAUGGUCCUCCUUGGCUUCUUUACUCUCGCUCUAUUCACCGGAUCUAUCAACUCCUCGAGAGUUCAAUUGCUGAGUUUGAAGAAUGCCAGGGCCUACGCCAAUUCCGUGGCGGAGGACAGUUUACCAACCUAUGCCAUCGACGAGGAGGAGGGCGUAAACCUACCGACCUGCUUUCACUCUAAGAUGGGCCACUUCGACCCUGACGGCUUCAGUUGGCUCGUCAUCGAUCUCGGCGUCGUUACGCAGAACAUCACGGAGAUCUACCUCGUCCACAACUCCAACACCGCAGACGUCUCUGACCUCGAAGUAUUCGUGACGACGUACAUGCACAGCGUGACGCACUACGGCGGUGGGGUGAAGGUUACGGCAGGACUGCCAUGGGACGCCUAUUCACUGUGCAAUACCGCCACCUCCGAUCUCCACAGCGUCAACAGCGCAACCGUCCACUGCGCUACUCCUCUCCACGGCCGGUGGCUCCUGUUGCGUCGCCAGCAACAGCCCCUUCAACUCUGUCUGCUUGCCAUCUAUGUCCGAAAAAACGAGAAUCGCUGUUUCAAGCCCGUGGACCCUAUCUUGAAUUUCUACGCUAGGGCAAAUGAAUUCCGACUAGAGCGUCAUAUCUCCCUGGAGCAGUGUCGCGAAUCGUGUGCUGGGACACCGAGCUGUCAGGGCCUCGCCUUCUCAAAACGGUCCCAACGACAUUCCACCGGCCUAUGUCGCCUCUUCCGCGAAUCUACUACCACUGACGUCAACGAUGACGUCGAAAACACCUCCCAGCUCAUCAAGUGCGAGGAGGACUGUCAGCUUGAACAAAAUGAAUGUAAUCUUGGUGGGCACUUGCGCAUUUAA